UUGUUCUUCAGUGUGCCAUAAAAAUCCGUCUGGCAAAGUAGAUAAAGUGCACGAAGUGAAUGUUUGUGUUUUCGCGUAUUUAGUGCUAUUUUAAUUGAAAUGUGUAAUAAGUCAAAAUAAAUAUUAACAGUAGUUAUCAGUGCAGUUGAUAAGAACAUUAGUAAGCACCUGAAUCAGGUAACGACGUUAACGAAUCACACCAACCAUCUUCGCCAUAUAGUUAGAUAUAUGCAUAUGAUGGCGUACUCGCUGAUGCAGUGAAAUAUUGUAGAAGCAACGACGACUCCCAGAAGUUUUUUUUUUCAAGAAGAAUAUCCAAAGGAAAGGAAGAAGUUGCCAUUGCAACGUCGGUGGAUAUGGAAGAUUAGACUGAAUCGUGCAGCUAACGCUCGAGACGCGUGCUUGUGCGUUUCUCUUUUAUUGUUUCUUCAACGAAAUUCGACUGAAAUUGUACGAAACGCAUAGAAAUGUUUUCCUCAGCAUCGUCAGCACACACACAUCGCGGCAAUAAGCGCGAGGCCAAAUUGAAUGCUACAACCGAUUUGGAUGAUGACGAUGACGACAGCAGCAUCAUUGAUGACACCGAUGUGGAUGUAAACGUCGACGUGGACGUCAACGAGGUACCCACACAGAAGCCACAUUUUCUAGACGAUGCCAUGCCGCCACCCGAAAUGAUCGCCGACUUCGAGCGCGUGCUAAGUUUUGGCGUAAAAAAAAUCGAUGGUGGCACACUUGCAACAGCCGCACCUAGCAGCGGUGAGCAAUUGAAAAUGGAUAAAAAGUAUGAACGCGACGGUGAGAUUAGUGACUAUGAGUUGGCCGCGAGUGGCUAUACAAAGAAAGAGUUCACACAGGAUGACAAUACGUUGAAUCUGCCAAGUGGCAUUGGCAAGAGCACAUUUUCGAAACCAAAGCAUUUUCUCGAUGAGAAUCCCAUACCGCCCGACUACAUGUUGCUGGCGACCGCCGCCGACCAUGACUUGCGGCGCGAGCACCGCAGUCUAGACCGCAAUUUCGAGCGGCAAGAGGAGCAAGAGUCCGCACUAAUCGCUGGCCAACUGAUGAAGAGCAGCAGCAGUAGUGGUGGUGGUGGCCGCAAGAGUUCACUGGAUCGUGGCGGUUAUGGAGGCGGCGGCGCACACAGUACUGGCAGUCACAGCGGCAGCAUGUCGAGCUCGCGUACUUCACGUGAGCGCAACAAGGAGCUCACUUCCUCGUACACAUUGUCACGUUUUCUACACAGCGCCGAAACGCCAUCGCCACCACCGGCGCUGCAGCGUAGCAUACCGAAGGGCGGCGCCUGGGCGAGCAGCAGUGGCAGCGGUAGUUGCAGCUUUGACAGACUUUAUGGCAGCUUGCCAAUGGCACAUGCCAGCGGCAGCACUAGUGGUGUUGGUAUUGGCGACAGCAACUGCGCGUUAGGGGUUGAUGACAUUGUCGACGUCGACCGGCUGGGUCCAAAAGUGGAGUGUGUGUACUCGCUGCUCUCAAUGUUGGGCUCCAAUGACCCGUCGGAGAUGUCAAAGAAAUUUCUUGAAUUGUCGCGCACACCAGAAACAUGCAGCGCGCUACGACGUGCCGGCUGUGUGCCGCUGCUCGUGCAGAUGAUGCACUCCGAUGGCGAAGAUAGUGUGAGAAAGUGCGCCAGCAUGGCGUUACACAAUGUCGUGCACAGUCAUAUGGAUGAGAAGACGGCAAGGCGUGAAGCGAAAGUGUUGCGUUUGCUCGAACAGAUAUUGGACUAUUGUAAUUUCUUGAAGACGCUGCUGCAGAGCGGUGGCGAAGCGAUUGCCGAUGACUCUGAACGGCAUCCGCUGGCGGCGAUAUCGUCAUUGAUGAAGGUGAGCUUCGACGAGGAACAUCGUCAUGCUAUGUGCGAACUAGGUGCACUGCAGGCAAUACCGAAUUUAGUGCAUUUGGAUCACGCUGUGCACGGACCAAAACCGGAGGAUCAGUGUUGCAAUUCCUUGCGUCGUUAUGCACUAAUGGCGCUUACAAAUCUCACAUUCGGCGAUGAACACAACAAGGCCUAUUUGUGUAGUCAGAAGCUGUUCAUGGAGGCUUUGGUGGCGCAACUGGACUCGGCACCGGACGAUUUGCUGCAGGUAACCGCCAGCGUAUUGCGUAACUUGUCAUGGCGCGCCGAUAGCAAUAUGAAGGCGGUGCUGAAUGAAAUUGGUACGGUGACGGCAUUGGCGCGUGCCGCUAUGAAGAAUAAAAGUGAGAACACACUCAAGGCGAUUUUGUCCGCCCUAUGGAAUCUGUCUGCGCAUUGCAGCACCAAUAAGGCGGAGUUCUGCGCGGUGGACGGCGCACUCGCCUUUCUCGUCGACAUGCUCACCUAUGAGGGGCCCAGUAAAACGUUGAAGAUUAUCGAAAAUGCCGGUGGUAUACUACGUAACGUCUCUAGUCACAUCGCAGUACGCGAACACUAUCGACAAAUAUUACGCGAACGCAACUGUCUCUCAAUACUACUGCAGCAGUUGAAAUCCGAAAGCUUAACGGUGGUCAGUAACUCUUGCGGCACAUUAUGGAAUCUAUCGGCGCGUUGUCCGGAGGAUCAAAAAUUCCUGUGGGAUAACGGUGCAGUACCAAUGCUCCGUUCGCUGAUACACUCCAAACACGCCAUGAUCUCAGAAGGCAGCGCCUCGGCGCUCAAGAAUUUACUCAACUUCCGACCGGCAGUGCAGAGUCAAAAUCAACUGGAUCCAAUUGCGCGUUCGAUGGGUCUACGUAAGCUGCCAACGUUAAAUGCGCGCAAACAAAAAGCGUUGCAACAAGAACUCGGCGGCAAGCAGCAUGCUGAGACAUGUGACAAUUUGGACAUAAGUGCAAAUGGUGGCAUAGUCAAAGAAGAUGGUCAACUGUUACAACACACCACUUUGAGUGUCGUAAUGCAUGCGCACCGGCAGCGCUAUGCCGCCGCAGCGGGUAGUGCUGUGCCACCAGGUACUUCGGUGCGACUCACACGCUCCGCCAUGCUCACCAAGAGUGAAAGUCGUGACUCAGUCUUCUCCGCAAAGUCGGAUACUGCUUACGAGAAUUUGAUGCGCUCCCAUUCGGCGUCGGAUGCCAAUCGUAAAAAGUUGCCAUACGCGGCAGCAGCUGCAGUGGCCGUUUACUCGCUUGAAGAUGAUGCGGAGCCCACAGAUGUAGAACAGCCCAUCGAUUACUCGGCCAAAUAUUGUGAGAAAGAUGCAAAAACACGGGACGAGCGUAUGACAAAGCCCUCAGCUGGCUGCAGCAACAACAGCAAUGUCACAUAUCAGGAAACUGACUUGGAUCAGCCGACUGACUUCAGUUUGCGCUAUGCCGAGCAUCAAAUUGAAACCGAACUAGAUGUGUUACCCUCUGAGCGAUCAAACCGCAGCAGUAAAAUCACAUCCCGAAGUAGUGCUGCAGCGGUCAACUCGGCACCACCGAAUCGCACACAGACAGCCGUAAAUGAUGGCAAUGAGAUACUGCUGAUACUCGAGGACACCGUUAAAUGCUACCAAACGGAGGAUACACCUUACGUCAUAUCCAAUGCUGCGUCAGUUACGGACUUACGUCAAGCCGUAGUCAAAUCUGAAGCCACCGGAACGUCAGCUGUCUCUGAAAAACCAGCAGAGAAACCGAAGAAAUACCAAAGAGUACAACAGACGCACAACAAUGCCGGCGCACAAGGCAGUACCGCAUAUGGCUCGGGCUCCUACACCCCAGAGAAGCCGAUCAACUAUUGCGAAGAGGGCACGCCCGGUUAUUUUAGCCGUUAUGAAUCGCUCAGCAGUCUUGAGGAAUCACCGCCAACACAACACACACAGAACAAAGAGGUAAAAGUGCCACAAACUAAAACCGACAGCAACAACUCAGCCAAGAAGAGCAACAGUGAACUCGAUGCUGAUUUAAAUUCUCACACCCGGUUGACGCACGUCAACGUCCCUGCCGUACAAAGUAGUGGCAAUGCUACCACGAUGAAUUCAGCACAAGAAACGCCGCUUAUGUUUUCACGUCACAGCUCGAUGGAUUCGCUGGUGGAGGAAGGUGAAGAUGAGAUUGGAGUUUGCGAUGACAAGAGUUCGGUGGUUAGUGACUUCAGUCGCCUGGCUAGCGGCGUCAUUUCACCGUCGGAAAUUCCUGACUCGCCUACACAGAGCAUGCCACAAUCGCCACGUCGUAAUAGCAACGCUGGACAAGUGAACAGCAGCGGCGGCAGUGGCAUGGGUGCAUUUCUGUCGGGCGUUUCGCCAAUGGCUGCGCCACGUGGCACCGCCGUGGGCAUUGCUAGCGCUGCUGCUGGCAUUGGGCUGCGCGGUAAUAUUGCUGUGGGCGAGGAAACACAGACCAAAAGACCGCUGCGUAGCGUAUUCGAAGAUGAUCUGAGCACUUUUAAUGUUGAGAAUACGCCGGCGCAAUUCUCGUGCCGCACCAGUCUGAGCAACCUGAGCAUACUGGAUGAUGAAAACAGCCUGCCGCCAUCGAGACAAGCCAUUGAGGGUGAAAGCAACACUCAACCCGCUAUCGUGUCCGAAGGUGAGGAAGAGGAAUCGGGUAACAACAUCGACGACAUAUUGCUGGCCAAUUGUAUCAAUAUGGGCAUGAAUCGCACAACCAUAACAGCUGCCGCGUCGAAGAAAUCAAUGGCGCGGGCAGCACGCACUCAAUCCGGAGGAGACACACAGUUACCCGCCGAUGAGCCGAAGCAUUACUACACCGAAGACACACCGGCGUUGCUCUCAAAGGUUGGUAGCAAUACAAAUUUGUCAGCAAUAUCCAUCUGCUCCAGCAAUAAUAUGGAUGAACUAAAGGAACUGCAAGCACCGGCCACAAUAAGCGCCAACUCUGAUAACAGGCACUCGCUUACUUUGUCCGACGACGUAUCAUCUAAUGCGUCGGAGAGCGGUGCCACAGGGCAAUCGUUCGAUUUGUUGCAGCAAUGCAUUGAAGUCGGUAUGAAAAAGCCGAAUACGCAACCGAAGACACUCUCAAGUGAGGCCAGCGUGCAACAGCGACCGCUGCGUCCAUCACAGACGGCCGAUCCCAUAGCCAUGCUACGACGUGGUGGCAACGUGUUGCCGCCAUAUUUGCCUGUAUCCGAUGAGAUGAGUAAAUAUUUGGUGGAGGAUUCACCUUGUAAUUUCUCUGUGGCCUCGGGUCUAUCCAAUCUCACUGUGGGCUCUAGUUUGGUGGGACCCGCUGUACAACUAAAGGGCAACAAAACGAGCGCUGAAAACUCUCCUAACAUGCCUGCGACUGCAGAGGCUCCGCCGGCUAUUGCUGUGGCGCCAGAAGAGGGUGCACGUAUGGAUCAAAAAUGGCAGGACGAUUCGCUUAGCUCGCUGUCCAUCGACUCUGAAGACGACACGAACUUGUUGAGUCAGGCUAUUGCAGCUGGUUGCAGUAGACCCAAAUCGAAUCUUGGUUUUAGUAGCACAUCGUCUACCAACAACAACAAUAACAACAAUCGCAACAAGCGCAUAUCACUGUCCGCUUCACAGCCCAUACCCAUCAAUGCGGCCACCUCGUCAUCCUCUCUGAAUUCGAGCUCCACAGCGCGACACUACCAACGACAGCAACAACAUCCAAAUGACCGCAGUGUCGAUCAUACUUCCAGCACAGCACAGCGUUAUCAAAAUGGAAAUGACUCGUACAGUUCGGUGGAUUCGAGUGACUCCAACGAUAAUCAAGCCAAAUCACUUUUCGAGCUGUGCAUACGCACCGGCAUGCAUAAGCCUACACGUGAAGCUGGCAACCAUCGACGCCAACAGCUAAUCAGUAAUCGACGUGGUGGGAGCAGCACCACGCAAUCGAAUCCAAAUCUCAAGCAAUUCGAUUCGUUGCCGCUGCAAUUGCACACGCAAACGAAACCGACGCCAAUGCCGACCAACGUCGCCACGGCAUUACCGGCCACAACAACAACAGUUAAUCGCCAUUUACGCGAACGCGAGCGCAAAGAUGAGAAACUACUGCUGGAAUGCAUCAACACCGGCAUUUCGAAGAAGAUCGGCAGCAGCGCUAACAGUGGCAGUGGCGGUGUCAGUCUGGGUGGUAGCACUGCUACGGCUGCGACUGCUGGCCGGUACGCAACCGACAAUAGCGCACAUUCAAUGUCUAUGCCAAUAUUUAAUACGGGCGAUGGCAGUCACAGCACUGGGACCGGGUCAAAAAACGUGCUGGCUACGUCUGCAGCUGCACGGGCGCUGUGUCACCCACACGCGGCUACUUUAUCCUCAAGUGUGCACAGCACAGCAGCUCCAGACGUAACAAAGACGAACAACACCGGCUACAACAGCAACUCCACCACCAUCAACAACAGCAGCAGCAACAACAACAGCUGCAACGACACCAACAACUCGUGCAACAGCGUGAAUUGUUGGGAAGUGAGGGACACCAACAACGUCGACAUCAUAGACGCAGUAAAAAAUCAACCAGCGAUGGUCACCACCAUCAUAGCACACAGCGACGCAAAUCUUCCAAGUCACGCGAACGCAACAGAGGAACAGAAAACGAACAAUAUUGGGUAUAAGCAAGAGCAAGAACUGGAACAUGACGAGCUGAAUAGUCCGUCUACUUCGCUAGACAACACUGUGACCAGCGACGAUUCAAAUGAGUCGUUCAUUAUAGAGACCACAGUUUCGUUGGAAAUGCGUCAAUCGCGUACUUCGCCGCCACUUACCACAUCGCAAAAACACAAAGAUCCCGAUUUAAUGUUAAAGUCCGUGGAGCGGCUAACAUUAGAGUUCGUCUCUUCAGCCGAACAACUGCGCACCAACGCCACCAAUGUGGCUGCGGAUUGCAGUACCGCUGAGCAACAGCGCGUGACAUCUGUUGGCACCAGCAUAUCCAUUGGCGGCCACUCGAACUCCAACAACACCUGGAACGAGGACACCUGUCCCAAUGAUGAUGUCUCGUUUCCCAGCGUUAGCGUUACAGCGCCCGUUGUGGCUUCGUUAAAUUAUGACGAUGACGAGGAUGAUGAUGACGCAGAUCAGGCAACCGAAGCGGAUCACAAGGACCUGCAUGAUUUCGCUGAAAUUACACCAAUAAAUGAGGAGCAGCCGCAACCGUCCCUCUUACUGCUUGAGCGCGCUGAAACCGCUACACAGCCCAGCUCACUGGAAACUGAAACCGAAACUGACACAUUGGUCAAUGAUGGCCGCAGCCUGGAUAUACCUUGCUAUAAUGCAACGCAAGAGUCGACCACCAGUAGCGGCAUAAACUUCCAGUUGGGCGGUGCUGUACAAUCAGCAGCGCUUUCUUUGGGUGGCCAUCAUAUGUUAUAUGACAGUAACUGCAAUGCGGCUGCCGCAGCCGCACAAGCCGCCGCCGCGGCCGCUGCUGCAAUGACAAACUCUACCAUCAUAGCCAAUGAAGCGCGCGCCUUAGCUGAGAAUCUACAGCAUGGCGGCAGUGUGAGCGCUGAUGAUGACGAGAGCAUUGAUUUGACAUUCAGUAUCAACAGUUUGGAUUUGGAGAACAUACGUCCACCCUCGGGUAUGGAAUCGCUCAACAUGUCUGGCUACUACCAGCAGGAAUCGCAGUCGAAUGCUUACCACUCGCUUGGAGUGCUGCAGCGUCGUAGCGGUAGCACGCCGCAGAGUCCGCAAAUGAUGUUACGCUCACCGAAGUUUCCACGCAAGUCGCUGCCGCAUGGUUUGGUGGCGAAACGUGCACUGGGUCAACUGCCAGCGCACCUCAGCGGCAGCGCGGAAAGCGUAAAUUCGAGUUGUAAUAUGUUGGAGAACAUCAAACCGCCAUCAUUAAUGGACGAACUGUUGGACUCCAUGAUAAGUGUGGCUAGCAUUCAAUCGGAGGUGGCAGACGGAGAAUGCAGCUUGGCUACCACACUAUCGGCUGCUUCGAAUUAUGAGACGGCGGCGGGUGGACAAAUGGAGUGCGGUGAUUAUGAUGAUAAUACCGUUACGCUGCAAAGUUGCUGUGAAACCAUGCCACACGAUAUGGAUGUAGAAGAAAAUUCUUUCCACAGCGGUGCUGGCAGUACGCCGUUGCCAACCGACGAUUACGAAUUCAGUUCUGCCGAGUCUACGCCACAAAAGUCGGCUGCUUCACCAACGCCGCCAAAUGGUGAAAAACGCACACUGACGCCAAAACAGAAACGCAAAGUGGCCAAAGACCGCUAUCGCACCUACACGAUAUCCUCCACAUUGGCGGCGAGUGAGGAGGAACGCCAGCGUUUGGAACUUGCUGAGGCACAAAUGACAGACGAGACGUUGCAGAUCGAAAUCAUCGAAACGGAGGGUACCACUAAUGGCAGCUCCAUCAGCCGCCGACGAGCAGAUGCCGAACGCUAUCGAACCCAAACAAUUGUCUAUACAACUGAAACCACAACAACAACGACAACCACAAUCAGAAGCAAUGAAUUAGAAGCGCAAGAGUUGAACGCAAGCGCAGACGAAUCGGCCGGACCGUAUUCUUUAACUUCCACAGACGACUGCCCUUCGGAAAAUAUGUCUUCGUUACGCGAAUUGACACAAAAGUUCAAAUUCAUCAAUAUGCCCAUACGCACAUCGAAAUCCGCACCAGAAGCCGAAGCUACUGAGGUAAGAGGCGCACCCGAUAGUGGCGACUGCUUAACCAGCAUGGAAUGCGAUCAAAAUUCCGACACCGAGUCGCGCCAUGAUCAGCAAGAAACAUACAACAAUGUAGAAAAUUAUGAUGACCAAAGUGAAGAAGACGAAGAAGCAUCUGAGGAUAGCGAAUCGGAGGAUAAAUCUGUCGUAAAGCCACCAGCACGUGCGCGUAUCGCCAAACCCAUAGAGAUACCUGACAUACUAACGGCCGCCAAUGCCGCUGAUGAGCAGGCGAAAAUAGUGCGCGGCCGCAAGAAGCCGACCUACAUUUCACCCUACAGCAUACAAUACCAGCGCAACAUAUCGCCACAAACACGCGUCGCCACAAAUAAAACACUGCCGCAGCAGUCAACUGCGACAACAGCACAAACAAAGACAGCCAGCACACGCUUGGCAUCACCGAAAAAAGCGCAGACUCAAGCCAGCGCGGAUACAAAAUCGAACGCGGCACAACAAGCGGCAGCGCCACCUUCACUCGAACGACAGGGCACCUUCGUACAAGAAGAGCCAACGAUUGCUACAUGCCAAGUGCCAGUCGUUGUGUCGGAAGUCAAAGCGGCGUUACCACCAAAGACAGCCACAACAGCGGGCGGUAGUCCACAGCGUUCUUCGAAAUUACCAACAAAACGCGCAACAGCCGCGGCCGCUUCCAAAACCAACACAACGCUUAUACAACCAGCCACUACACGCAAAAUCCCAAUUGCAACCAAAUCCAGUUCCCCCAAACAUCGUAAAGUAACCGCCACCAUUGGCGCGGCGACAAGCGCCGGCAUGCCGCAGCGCUCGAAUAGCAACGCGGCCAUACGUGUGACCAGCAGCGCGGCGCGCAUUACACGUGUCUCGGCGACAACGCCACCAACGCGCAGCAACUCCAACCUGAACAGUCGCGAUAGCGCAGCAACGGCGGCGGCGACGGCAACCAAGAACGCGGCAGCGAAAAUCAAUCAAGCGCAAAGUCGCAUCGCCAAUAUUUGGAAGCGCGUAAAUGACGUCAAAAGCAAGCAGCAGGAGCAGUAUAAAGCGCCGCGCGUCAAUGUCGCACGCGGCACCACGGCCGUGGUGAGUAAGUUGAAGUCACAACAAACGAAGUCAUCGCCCGCGUUAAAUGCGCCGAAGACGAUGUUGACACAGCGCACGGCCACCACAACGCAGCAGCAAACACAACAACAACAAAAGAAGCAAACGCUCAUACGCAGCUCAACAUUUGAUAACACGCCGAAUGGCGGCGUCGGUGCGCUCCAAAAUGUGCCGCCGAAAGUGGCUGUCAAUGCAGGUGCAGGACAGCGUGUCGGCAGAAAAUAAGUGAACGCGUAAGAUUUUGCGUGAAAGUGCAAUUAAACACAAUUUCAAGUAUUGGAACAUUCAAUUGGCAGGCGGCGCUGGGUGUAAUAGUAAUAUUAUAUAUAGAGACGAAGUGUGCGACGCGUCAUAAAAGUAUUGUCUGUAAUUCGCGUAACAACAAUAACAACAACAAGCCACAUUGUAACGACUUUUUAGCAAAUCAAUCAAAUCAGUUAGUCAAAACUAAGCACUUAAGCGCAUUUAAUAAGUAUCUCUUUAAGUUAGUCUCUAAACAAAGUAGUGAAGUAAAUAUAUAAAGCAAAAAAGAAAAUGAAAAUGAAACAAAAGCAAAAAACACGCUGAGAAAAGUUAACGAAAUGUACGGGAAAGCUCUCACACAAGCCACAAUUCGUUUGGGGGCGUUUAAUAUAACUGCAAUGUAGGCCAAAUUACGAAAUAGUUUAGAAAAUACGAAGAAGAAAGGGACAGCGCAAAGUAGUCAAAUAUGUACAGUGUGAUGUACAUAUAUAUAUUUGUAUGUGUAGAUAAGCAUAUAUGAAAUAUGCUCACGAAAGCAAUGAAUUUUGAUAAGAGUUAACGGUAAACGUACGUUGCAUACAACGCAUAUAUGCAUGUAUAUGCUCUUGCUUUAUGGCUAUCGAUUGGAAUUGUAUGUGUUUGCAUAAAUUCUUGCCAGAGAGAAAAAUAUAGCAAGAAAAAUGCGUUCUAAACAUAACCAAACAUUUCUUUAAAAAUAUUAAUUCUUUAAAAAUCAUAAUUAUUUAAAAUUACAUUGAUUUUGAUUUUGUUACUAAUGUUUGUAAUUAAAUUUUGCGAUUUUCUAGUUUGAAAAACAAAAAAACAGUUACUGUCUUAUCAACACACUCGUUUUAAGCUAUUCGUGUAUAUGUGUACAGUCGGCUGAUAAACGAAAGCUUAGUCACUUUUCAUGCGUUGAACAAAAACUAAUUAUCGCUAAAUUAAUGAUUCACCAUAAAUUUGAUAAAUAUUCAAACUGCCAAAAUUUAAUUGCUUCCGUAAUGGCGAACGUGUCUUCGUUGACUUUGGUGUACGGGGAAAAAAAACUUAUUUUCCACAUUCGUUAAUAGUACUUUGCUUUUGUGCUUAUCUAUAUGACUCUAUAAAUAUAUUUAAAUAUGAGUAAGGCUGAUAUUUGGCGUAGUUACAUGGGCAGGCAUAUUUUAUACGGUUUAUUGCGUUUAUUUGGUACAGCUUACUUUUUUUGUUUUAAAUAACAGUGGCGCUUUGUUGAAAGCAGAAAUUAUGAAAAUUGUUGUAUUUGCGAUCUUAAUGCUUGAUUUCAUCCAACAUUUUUAGAUGUUAACUGACUUCAAAAAUUGAAAUUGCAAAAAAUUUUAGAAAAAAUUGUUUUAUUUUGGAAAUUGCAAAAAUUUUUUUUAAGUUUUGUUAUUUUCAUUUUUCAAGUUUGAUAAAAUUUUUAAAAUGUUGUUUGAAAUCUGUUAAAAAGCAAUAAAGUCGUAUCAAAUGCAAAGGUUUAACUUUGGAAAAGCUUGAUUUCUAAAUAUUUGUGUAUUAAAAUUUUGUAGAAAUCAAGUUUGCAGUUUCAAAAUUUUCGUAGUAAUGCGUGAAAACAUUGAAGAAUUAAAACUGAUUUUAAUGGUUUUUAAAUGUUAAAUUAUUUAAAAUCAUUUUAAUUUUUCACAAAUUCGCGUUUUUUAACUGGCGCUCAACAAAGUUGCUUAAAAUACAACAACAAAUAAUAUCUCAGUGUUUUUAAAAUAUUUUGGCUCGUUCAUUUUUGAAAUAUAUUUUUUUAGCUUAAAAUCAUGCUAGUGUGCAUACUACAAACGGCUGCUUAUCAUUGAUUUAUUUUGCAGACUUUAAAAUUGAAAAUUUUUGUACAACAAAAAUAUAAAAAAACUUUACUGCAGAAAUUUGUUUUUGUUUUUGUGGCGAAUAUGAACUGUAAACAGCAAAUAUCGAGUUAUUAAAAAAAUGUGGAAUUACGAAAAUUUAAAUAUUUUCGAAAAAUAUUAUUUACUUGCAUUGAGAAUGAAUUUUAAGGCUUGUAAAAUAAUAUUUUUUUACAGUUAUUAUUUGUAAUAAAUAAAUAAACUUUGAUUUAAAAUUUCUAAUUUUUUAUUUAAAAUUUUCUUUAUUUAUUUAUUAUAAAUAUGCUUUAAAUAUUUGUUUUUUCUUUUUUAUUUAUAAUGAAAACUGAAAAUUUGCUUAUUUAUAGUUCAAUGCGUUAUAAAAUCUCUCUAAUUGUGCAUUAACAUAUUCCAUCACUGCACUUUAAACAUUACUACUUUACAUAGACCUACAUACAUACAUACAUACUUAUAUAUUUACUUUGCUGCUAGUUAGCGUUGCUUAAUAACUUACUCUAUAAGCGUUCACGAAUUUUUCGUACAAACCAAAUAUUAAUGUUUAAUUUUCGAAAAAAUCGUCACUUUAGUCUUAAGCCAAUAUAGUCUUCUGUUUAAUUUUAAAUUACUGUUAAUUUUAAAGACUUGAAUUUUUUUAUACUUAAUUACAUACAAACAUACAUAUAUGUGCGUCUUCGAAGUUUAUUGAAAUAAAUACAUACAUACA